AUGGACGAGAGCGACGGAGGUCAAGGGCCACGACGCAAGCGUCGGCGAGUAGAUCCGGCGCACCAGGCAUGUGCGGAGUGCAAGCAACGCAAGCCUGCUCGAGAUGGCAGACAUGUAGAUGAUCUGGAAGCCAAGCUGAAAGAGUACGAACAGCGGUUGGCCAUCAACGUGGACCAACAACAACAUGUUCCCAACGUAACUUCUCAAGAUCAAGCCACUCACAAAAACGCGCGUGAUGGGAUCCUGUACCUACCUGAUAUGGGAGCCAGUGCCAGCGCUAGUGCUCAUGCUGGUCCGUCCGGCUCGGCCAAAGUGAUCAACGAUCGCACCAAAGACGGGCCCGCCGUUGCAUCUACUUCUUCGCCACUCGUUAGUGACGAGGAAGAUCACGACCUGGAUGAUGGGGCAGCGCUUCCUAUCAUUGAUGGAAUGGUUGAGUACGUGUCGCCAAAUGACUCGCAUGUCAGCAACACCGGGUUCGAGGAUGCCUCCACCUUCCGUUUCGCCCGCAACUUGACUGCUUCAGAGGAUGAUGGGAGAAAUGUCAGAGCCGUAGACCCUUCGCAGCCGUCGCCCUCUACUAUGUCUCGAUCUCAACAAGUUGGUGAAAGCGGUGCUUCUACUGCGGCUGGUUCCAGCAAUAUCUGGAACAUGGAAAAUCCCGUCCACAGUAACACCGACGAUUGCAUCUCCGCACUCAAGUCGUACAUGGAUGGGUCGAGCCUCAGCUACUUACCUCAGCGUUACAUUGCCUCCGCAUUGCUUGAGAGAUACUUCUCGAUCAUUCUCCCCACCUGGCCUUUCUUGGUCGAGAAACGUAUCCGGCAACAAUUCCAAGACACCUGGCUUUCGGAUGAACCACUGAAUCCAAUGUGGCUCGCACAGUUGAACCUCAUCUUUGCCAUCGCGUGCGAACUGUACGACACAAGCGAUGACGCCCCAUUGCCGAAUGUGUAUGAUGUGGGCCAGAAGUUCUACUUGAGAGCCAAUGGCUUUGUCAUUGCCAACUCCCACCGACUUUGUAGCGUACCUAUGGUGCAGGUCUUGCUCUUGGCGGCGCAGUAUCAGCAAGGCACUUUACGUACGAACGAGCAUUGGAUGGCCAUUGGUAUUGCAACGCGCAUGUCCCAAGGCUUGGGCUUGGACCGAAUAGCUGAAGGCGAUGACAGGCAAUCGUCAUCGCUGUCGACGCUCGAUAAGGAGAUUUGCAAGCGCCUUUGGUGGGCGUGCUUCUCGUUCGAUCGACUUUCGAGCAUGGUCUAUGGACGCCCUUUCGGCAUAGCCCAUAUGCCACGACCCACCCGAAAUCGGGAACUGCUCUCAUCAACAGACGAUAGAUUCCUCAAGGAAGACAAGGCGCAGCCGAGCGAUGUUUCGUCUGUCAACGCUUUCUUCGUAAAUACAGUGAAACUGUACCGCAUCAUGGACGAGAUUUUCGCGGUCCUUCCGCCCAGAUCCCAAUUAGCGCCAUCACCUUUGACGAGUAGGGUGCCAUACUCUCAAUCGUACGACGCUCACUAUACCAUCACGCAGCUCAACGCCAUAUUUGAGCUUGACGCUCUAUUACUAGAGUGGCAUCGCAAUCUCCCGCCACAUCUUGCUUUCUCACUAGAAAACUUGGACGAAACAUCGCCAUCCCUCCCGCACAUUCUACGCCUCCACAAAGUUGUCUUGAAGCUUCGAUUCCUCGGUAUGCGCAUUUUGCUACAUCGUCAAAGUGUGUUGUUCCUCUUGCAGGAUCAAGUGGAUGCAUCAUGGCCGCCUAAUGCUGCAGGACGGCACCCUACAACCUAUUUGCAGGCAUCUAGCAGAGGACUGUUGGGAUCCGACCCUUCUAAUAAUGCAAACGGAGAACCGUCACAGCAUGAGGGACAGUGCAGUACUACUACCGCUUCCUCCAGUGCUCGUGCGACUCGCGUCGACAUUCAGCUCGCACGUGUGAGUGCCAGUAUCUGCGUCCAAAUGGCUCAAUUGCAAAUUGAGACCAUCGAUGCCAAUCGACCACUAAAGAUGACUGGUGCAUGGUGGUGGAACCUUCACUUCGUAUUCAACUCUCUUUGCGUACUUUUCGGUGCUCUUGGGGUUCCUACACCCGAAGACGCAGCAGCGGUUCUGCCUGACCAUAAUCGAAAUAAAGCGGCCAUUCGACGCGGCUUCGACAACAUCCGGGGCAUGGCCUCUCGCGGCGGGUCUAGAGUUGCACAGACUGAAAGAUUCCUCCGCGGUCUGCUCAGGACCAUGAUCAAGCGCCGACACCAGCAGAAGCAUUCAUAUUUGAUUCAAUCCAGCGACGACAAUUCACAACGGCCGGGAAGCACUAUUGGACCUGAUGCACAACCGACUCAACCACCACUCGCUUCUGGAUUUUCGGCCAUGGGCACAGCAAACAGAUCAGACAACCAGAGCCAACAUCAACAGACACAAGCAAUGGAUCAAGACAACGCUUUACCAGGCAUUGACCAGGAGCUCGGCGAUCUUGAUGCAUUUGAUCUCUUGCCAGGUGAAACCACGGCCUCAUCAUUCUCUAACCUGGACGAUAUGAACAUUGAUUGGGGCAGUGGAUUGCCAUCGGAUUUACUGGAGCCAGAUCUUGCUAGUGUGUUUCUGCAGGACAGCUUCAACUCUUGGGCGAACACAGGUGGACCGAUGGCCGGCUGA